AUGAAUUAACAAAAGCAUUUCAAAUUCAUACUUUAAUAUCUAGAAUUCAGUCCUAAAUAAGAUCAAUAGUAAUAUGAAUUGACAAUUCUAUUGAAGCGUAAUACAGCUGUAGCUCAAUAAGUGGUUAGUAAAUUACCAAUUAAGAAUCCUGAAAAGACGAUGACAAUUUGUCGUCUUCCAAUUGAUUAAGUAGUUGAGUUUUAAUAAAGGAUGAUAAAAAAGGAUGGGAUAUAUGCUGAUUAGAAUGUAAGAUGUUUCUAUAGAGAUAGAUAAAAUUUCUUUUCUAUUUAUCUGGAAAUUAAUUACUUGGUGAUUGUGUAAUCAAUUUAGCUUACUUUUUAGAUGGUGGAUCAACUCAAGAUUAAAAAUAAAAAAAACCACUUACUUCUACAACAGAUAAGAGAGCUGCUUUAUUAUUUAAAGUGAUUAAGGAUUCAAUGUUCGAAUCUUAAGAAUUUCCAAUAGCAGAAAUUCCUGCUCCAGUUAUAGGACCUGCACCUUCAACAGCAAGAUUAUCUAGUUCUAAAAAGACAGAAUCUAGAUCAAUAAGAGCUCGUAGUUAAUCUCCACCUAAAGAGUUUAAGACUAAUAUUUUAAUAAGUAGAGCCAAUGAAUCAUCAACUUAAAUAACUCCACUCUUAAUCUAAUAAUAAUAAAAAACAUAAUAAUAAUAAUAAUAAUAAUAAUAAUAAUAAUAAUAAUAAUAAUAAUAAUAAUAAUAACAAUAAUAAUAAUAAUAAUAAUAACAAUAACAAUAAUAAUAAUAAUAAUAAUAAUAAUAAUAAUAAUAAUAAGAAUAACUAAUAUAAGAAUAAUAAGAUAAUCUUACUUAAAAGUUUGUUUAAUUAGGUGAGAAAUUUCAAUAAUAGAAAUUGCAAUAAAACACUUAACCUCCUUAAGAAUAUGAUAAUUUUAAAGAAAUCACAGAUCUUCUUUCAUAAUAAGAAGCUGAAUUAGAAAAAUAAAUUGAGUAACUUAAUAUUCAUAUUAAAUCAGAUGGAAAAUUUAAAAAGAUUUUGGAUGAUUCCACAACAUUUAACAAUUUUGAUGUUUGUUCAUAUGAUUCUGAAAUUUAAUCAUGGAAACAAAAAUGUGCAGAACUCGAAGAAAAAUUUAAUAAAGUUUAAGAUGAGAAUUAACAUUUAACUGUUAUUAUAAGAUAAUAGAGUGAAUAAUUAAGAAAGGUGAAUUAGAGAUCAUAAUAAGGUUAUUAGUAAUUGAAUGAUGUUGUACUUAAUUAAUCUACUUUAUCUAAUUAGGAAUAAUAUGAGAAAACUAUUGAGAAGAAAAAUUCAAUUAUUAAGGAAUUAUCCAAUUAAUUAUUAGAGUUAGAGAAAAAUGCUAAUGUCAAUAUAAUUGAUUAAUUAAAGAGUCAAAUCUUGAGAUUAGAACAAUAAAUGUAGGAGAAAGAAGAUUCAUGGUUAACUUAAGAAAGGAUAUAUAAGGAUAAAAUAUUUUAAUUGUUAUAAAAUACAGAAUGA